AUGGAAAUUAAACCAGCCAAAAAGCCAUUGAAAAUUUUCAUCCACGCAAUGGACGGCACCGGCCACCUGAACGCUUGUGUAGGCGUGGCAGAGGCGUUGGUAAAACGAGGUCACUCGGUUCUCUUUCUCGUCAAUGCUGCUUUCAAGGGACAAUUCGCCAAGUUUGGUUUUGAAGAGCUGUCUAUGGAGCGUCCCAAGAAAGAGGACGCAGAGAAAGACACCAAAAAGGCUCCCGAAGAUCACGUCAACCCGGUGAAGGCCUUUGCCAAGAUGAUCCUCAACAUGGGACUACUCAAUGAGAAGACGCCACUGGAGCGGAUGAAGGAGCUGUCGGAGAAUCGAGCUAAAGGGAACGAUAAAGAUGAGCAGUUUGCCAAAAGUCUCUAUGAGUCUACGGUCGAUUUUAACCCGCAGAUCAAACGGGCAAUUGAAGAGCGUAAACCAGACCUUUUCAUUCUCGAUCACUUUCUCGUGCCGCCCUGUCUGCCUGAGUCGGGCAUGCCCUGGCUAUAUCUUUUUAGCGGAAAUCCCAUUGCAAUUUACAGUUCCAUCACUAAGGACCUGCCGCCAUUUGCCACAGGUUACCCGACGGAUGGCGAUCGAGCGGAAUGGGAGGAGUAUCUGGUGUACCAGCGAGAGAAUGCUGCCUCCUUUACUAAAUACCAGCAACGACUGUAUGAAACGUUUGGCUAUGAACCUAACCCAGCGGAGGAUUUGCCCGUCGAUGAUGGAGGCAUCUUUCCGCAGUGCAAGUACGGUUAUGUUUACGGGUAUCCUAAGGAACUCGAUUACCAGGACCUGAUCACAAUUCCUGAAAAGUUCAUCGGCAUGGAUGCCUUCUGCCGAGAAACUAAACCGGCAGAGCCGUUCAAGCUACCUGAAGGUUUUGCUAAAGAAGGUGACAAGUUGAUCUUCUUCAGUCUCGGUAGCAUGGGCAGUGUUGACGUUGAUCUGGUGAAACGAGUGGUCUCGAUCCUCUCCUCGAAGACGCCCUAUAAGACGAUCGUCUCUAAGGGACCACUGGCUGAUGAGUAUGAACUCCCGAAAAACUGCUGGGGUGAGGGUUUCCUUCCUCAAACUCAAAUACUGCCCAUAGUUGAUUUGGUGAUCACUCACGGUGGAAACAACACCGUCACCGAAACAUUUAGCUUUGGCAAGCCAAUGAUUAUCAUGCCCCUUUUUGGGGACCAAUUUGACAAUGCACAGAGAGUACACGAGAAGGGUUUUGGACGUCGUCUGGAAACUUACAAGUUCAAGGAUGAAGAGCUGGUGGAUGCAGUGGAAACACUAAUCAAUGACCAACAGCUCAAAGAGAGACUGCAGACGGCGGCCAAACGGAUCGUUGCUGAUCGCAGCAAAGAGGUUGCUUGCAUGAAGAUUGAGGCAGUGGUGGAAAAGUACGCUAA